AAAAAACUAGCAUGGCAGGUGUGCUGCGAUGCAUUUUUCUGGCUUUGGCGCUGCUGUUGGUAAUUUUCAUCAAUGAAGCCAAGAAAGUGGGGACCUCGCGCAGCAGCGGCGGCAUGCCCGGUCGUGCCAAGCCUGCCAAAAAAGCUGCGAGCGCCAGGAGAUCGAGCAAAUCUACUUUCUCCACCCCGGGGGCACGGAGACGGCAGCCUUCCGUCGAGAUCUACCGGGAAGAGGAGGCAGAGGAUGAAGAAGACUUUGAAGACGACUUCUUGGCUCCACCGACGCGACGAAGUACUGGCACGCGAGGGAAGAAAAGGCCCGACUUCGGGAAACGAGCCAUGGGAGCGAGCCAUAAGUCGCGUCGUGUCUAUAUGGACGAGAAGGAAGACGGGUUCCACGGCAUGGCGGAAGAGGAUAAUUAUGAGGAGGAUAUUUACGAGGACGAUGAGGGUGGUGACGAAUACGGUGGGGAGCUAGAUGGGCGCGAAUACAUGAAGGCGAGAGGCGCCCGAGGGCGGAAGGCGGCCCGCUACGGGCGCUCGAGGUCGCGAGGGAGAGAAAUGCGUGGCCCAGCCCCGAGGUCGAGGUAUGGCAGAGGCAAGAAGGGCAAGGCGCUGGCGUACAAGCCUUCCGGCUACGGGGUGGCGCGGGAGCCGCUGCAGGCGCGGAUGAUGCGGAACGUGUUCUUCUUGACGGAGAAGGUGCAGGGCAUGGCGAGCAAGGGGAAGAAGAUGACCAGAGAGCUGAAAGAGUACUUUAGCGGGGACUUUGAAAGCAUGCUGCUCAAGGCAACACGGCCGGACGACGCCCGCCCGCCUCCCGAGUUCAUCGGCGCCAUCCUGGACGCGACCGCCACCUUCCAUCGGGACGAGGACCUGACUGCGGGCAGCAACCCCUACCGAGUCACGCUGCGAAAGCUGUGGGCGAAGAUGGCGGAGAGGGAUUGGCGCACCGUGGCCAAGGCCCUGUACCUCUUCCACGUCCUCCUCCGCGAAUGCGAGCCCGACGACGUGCGCAUUUACAAGAAGGUGUUCGCCAAGAUGAGCCGGGAGGGGUGCAAGAAGUCCCGGUCCCGGUACUUCGACGCGGGGGCGAUCAGCGCCGUGGACGUGAUGGACGGGGCGGGGGUGGGGGGGGCGGGGGCCUGUCUGGACCGACGCGACUUCAUCGCCCGCUACAGCAAGUACGUGCUCCAGCGGGCGAAGACCUUCACCUCCAAAUUCGAGGAGAUGAAGGUGAUAGGGCAGCGGGAGAUCGACGCCAAGGACCUUGUGGGGCAGCUUGGCAAGGCCGAGAAGGUGCUGAGCUCGGGGCUGGAGUGCGCGCUGGGCGAGGCAGAGGAGGAUGCGGACAGCGAGGUCACGCUCAUGUGUGCGGAGCUGGUGGCCCGCGACGUGUACGACCUCUUCCGGCUCUUCCACGAGAAGCUCCGGUGGGCGAUCGACAACCAGGCGGCGGCCUUCGAGGGCGCGGACAGGUCGGAGGUGGCGAAGAUCCUGGAGCGCUUUCAGGCGUCCUACGCUCGCCUGUACCCGCAGGUGCAGCAGUUCCUGACACAGACGGCGCAGCUGCUGGGCGUCUACGGGAUCAAGCUCCGCACAAAGCUUGAGCCGGCCCACCGCUUUGAGGAGGAGGCAGUGGCCGUGGGCGAGAUGGUGGAGGGAGGAGAAGACAUCGUGGAAGGAGAGGUGGUGGGAACAGCCACGGGUGACACGGCAACGGAGGCGGCCGAGGGAGCGGGGGAGGAGGGAGGCGGGACAGCUUCAGAAGUAGAAGCGAGUGCGGAUGCCAGGGGACCG